AUGUUCGGUUACGCGGUCGAAGAUCAACUCGAUACUCUACUAGGGGAAGCCGACAAUAGAGCCUUGGGACUAGCAGACGUGACUAUCGCUGUGUUAGUCUGGGCCGACUUCGAGCACUUCCGGGAAAGAUACCGCGAGCUGGAGCAGGACCUUCACGACGAAGGCGCCUUUGAUACAUUUUGUGGGAGCGUGGAGAUUCACCAGACAGCAGCUGUGCAACGCAACCAGCAUAUCAGAUUAAGAUCAGAACAAGCUAGGCGUGCUUGGAGACGCUUCCAAAGUGCCUAUGAGUUGUGGAAGACCGUGACGACAAAGGAUUCCAUAAAGCGGGACUCGGGGCAGCGGACCGUCUCAAGCAGACUGCCAAAAAGCGCUCAAAUGGAUAUGGGAACAGAGAUUACGAUGCCAGCCGGAGGAUGCGUUUGGUGCAUGACCAUAGGCGUUUGUGCAGAAUCAUCAGCUGAGAGGCAGCGGCUCGGACGUUGGCCAAAGAAUGUGUACUUCGGACCCACUGGAGCGAUGAACCUCCCAGCAAGUGUCACGUGCGUGCGUCUCAAGUUCUCACAGUCCAUGAAGUAUCUGCACGUGGAGGUCCGCAAGCCCAGUUAUUCUUCCCAUGCGCUACUCGACUUCCCAGGUUUGCUGUCCGGCAACGCUGCCUCGAUAGCACCAUCAGCACAGUAUCCCACGUCUCCGGCACGACUUCUCAACUGGGUCGCACUUAUGUGUGGGCUAGGCCGUAGCGCGAACAGGCCAGGCAAGAAGCUGCAUAAAGGUGCGCCCGUGGAACGUCGAAGUGUCACGGCCAGGCAGCCCGAUAUCCCAUCGGCAAGCCCACCACAAGCAUCUCAAGAUGCGCAAGCCUUGUCACGCCGUGGCAGCACAGCCUCCACGCUAUUCAGGCUGCCGCCAAUGCUCAAAGACUUCGCUUACGAGAUAGAACUCCGACUGCUAACGCCGCUAGAGAAAGCAAUCCAUCGUGAGCUCAGCAGAGUAGCGGGCUCUGGCAGCCUUCGCGUAAUCACGCAGCCAGGUUCCGAGGUCCUUGAACUAUCCGAUCAAAACUCAGCGGAUGCCUGCACAGCUGUACAAGGUUUGACCAAGAAUCUGCGGGAGCGGGACAGGGAGAUGGCAUGUCGUGAUCUUGAUAAGCUAGUGACACACGCUCAGCAACUGGUGUUGCGGCGGCUUCUGUUCCACAAGCUAGAAGUUCGAUGCGGGAGCCAGCAAGCCGGAGUUAGAACUGUCGAGGCUGACUCGAUUGGUCCUGGAACUGUACGAAGGCCGGACCCAGGCCCAUACCCUAGACUCUAUAAUCCGAGGCGAGCCUCCUUAGCGGGCGCUGAUGCUGAGGCCGCCGGACCCCAACGCUGGUUGUCUCCCUACGAACUGCGCUGUACCAGCCCUGUGAACCGCGGCAUUCGCGUUCAGCGAAGUUUCGCACUCUAUGAAGAGCCUUACCUGCGUGGAGGUGGAGACGAGGUUGACGAAUCGUCUCAAGCAAAGGUGCGAAUUUGGGACGUUGUCCGCAAGCCACGCCGGUUAAAUGACCAAGAGCGACCUCCCGCACUGCUCUGGUGGUUUGCAGGAGGAAGGCUCAAACGCAAAAGGCCCGGACUCGCCGUACCGACUGCUGCCGAGCUUCGAGACCGACGCGAGGUAGCAAAACUGAACCGAGAAAGGGUCGGCUUCUGGGGCAACGUUGCAGGCGCAAGGGAAGUCUCUAUGACGAGGAAGGAGCUCGCUGCGAUGCGUGGUUCCGAAGUUGCCGAAUCCUAUCAGACACAUCAGACAACUUGGCCACCACGAAGUGGUUUGCACUCUGAUCCACCUCAACACAAGCGAGGUGGUGCAAAGCACCCUCAACCGGAAGACCUGGUCUCUUCAGAGUCUCAUGAUGAGGAGCCAGCGUCGCCAUUAACGCACGGACUGCCUUCCGACGAAAUAACUGCGCAGCCUCACAAACGCAUGCCUGGAGUGCAAUCGGAAGAAGAAACAAGCGGGUAGUGGACAAUGUGCGGAGCUCUCGAUGGGUCGACGAGCGAGUCAGAUGUCUGCGCUGCGCCAAGACCAAGCAGUGAAGGACAUGCGCAGUGCUCUCGAAUUGGGGUUCAGCUGGGCUGUCACCAUUGC